AUGGGGACGUAUUUCAUCCUAUACGACUUCAACGACAUCUUUGAGAAGGAUCAACCCAGUUUCCUGGAACGAGAAAGGUUUCUCGGCAUCAUCAACACCAUCUUCAAGAACAUGUCUCAGAUCGAGCGAGAAGCCAUUACUUUCCAGUACACGGACUGGGAGGAUGCUUACAAUGGCUACAUCUACCAGAAAAUGGUCGCGGACGUGGUCGGCGACUACUUCUUCAUCUGUCCGUCGAUCCACUUCGCCCAACUGUUCGCCGAUCGCGGCAUGAAGGUCUACUACUACUUCUUCACUCAGAGGACGAGUACGAACCUGUGGGGCGAGUGGAUGGGGGUGAUGCACGGUGACGAGGUCGAGUACGUGUUUGGCCAUCCUCUGAACACGUCGCUCAAGUACAGCGGCAAGGAACGAGACCUGUCCUUCAGGAUGAUACUCUACUUCUCCAAGUUCGCGUAUUCGGGGAAGCCGACGGAUGAUGAGUCCGAGUGGCCGCCAUAUUCGAGGGACGAACCGCAGUAUUUCAUCUUCGAUGCGGAGAAAAUAGGCUUUGGGAAAGGACCACGCACCACGUACUGUGCUUUCUGGAACGACUUCCUGCCAAAGUUGAAAGGAGUGCCAGAUCCAGCACCGGAAGCCUGUAACAGCGCGAUAGCGUCGAGCGUGUCCGCGGGCGCUGGCGAACUGGCCAACUCCCUGGCGAUCACCGCGCUGUCCUCGAUCCUGGUGCUGUCGAGAGUGAUUUAAAAGCCAAAGGCUGGGAAGCUUCCGCUGUCGACGUGAAAACCCCAGGAAAAAUAAAAAAAAGAAAAAAGAGAAAAGAGAGAGAGAGAGAAAAAACGGAGAGAAAAGGUUCUCGAACGAGCUUAACGAUCGGAGGAGCGAGAGAGAGAGAGAGAGAGAGAGGGACUGGCGCUCGUCUCGCGGCAAACGGCACGCUGAAACAUGAAUCUUCCAUUUGGUACAUAUCACCUAUAUAAAUAUAUCAUAUAUAGCGAGAGUUGAUUCUAUCGUUAGAGAUCUUUUCGUAGCUAGAGCAUCGAGCGUUUUAAUCACCGUGUGACGGCGCGUGCACGCAUUAAAAGAAAAGAAGAAAAACGAAAAAAAGAAAAAAAAAAAAACCAAAGAAAAGCGU